AUGUCAUAUAUUUCAGUCAACGAUGUUGAGGGAAUGCUUGAACAGAACGCGCAAAAGAAGAGUCGAUCACCGUCAUUGGCUUCGUUGCGAAAUGGUAGCAUAUCCCCGAGCCGAGACCCCUCCGAGCCGCUUCCGUACAGAGCACGGCGCCAUACAGCGACAGCCGAUGAAUUGCUGUAUCCGGCUGAGAACGUUGAGCCGACGUCUCCUAAAGAACCAGAAACAACAAAGCCGGAAUCAGCCCCGGAGGAGGAGAAGAAAGAGAAAAAACAACGAGUGUAA